AAAAAAAAUUGUGACGGUAACCACUUCCCAAAAUUCUUGACAUUAGGAGGUUAUGUUGUAAAUAAAUUUGUUAUCUGUUGAGGACCUAAAGGCUUGAAAUAUCGUUCUAAUUUAUUGAAAAUGCGGUUUCGCUUAAUUUAUUGUUAUAAUUAUGCCCAGAGAGUCAAGUAAGUGUCGCGAAUGGGAAAAAGAACGAAGGAAUCGUUUAAAUGAGGCUUUUGCCACGUUAUGUAAAUUAUUGCCAUGCUAUGACCCGGCUACGAACGUUAGUAAAAUCGAUAUUUUGCGUAAUGCUGCCAGUUACAUUGAGGAGCUCCAAACCAAGGUUAAAACCCUAGUCUCGCAAGACAAUGACGAACCGGCUAAAAAAAUCAAGGGCGAAGAGCUUAAAAAAUUGCAAGAACGUAUCAGGAAACUUCUCAGUAAAAAUGAGCAGUUGUGCGCCCUUUUACGUGAAGCGAAGAUCACAAUCCCGCCAGGGUGCUCCCUCAGGAAGUUCAAACCUCCGUUUAAUUGGUGUAAUAAAAUUAUGCCCGAGCAGGCCAAGAUUUUACAAAAGAAGGAGCUCGACAAGGAAAAUAAUGCUUCGGCCAAGAAACUCCAAGGCCGCAAAUUCACAAAUAAGAGCCGGAACAAAAACAGCACGCCCAAGCACAGAAAAGCAAUUUUGAACAGGUCCGACUCUAAAAAAUUGCGCCCCUCGAAGAAAAAGAAAAUUAAACCAAUACCAACUUCAAAAUGUGUGAUUGUGUUGUCGCAACCGAAUGCCACACAACCGUGUUACAUAAUCACAAACGCGCCUUCAAACAAUAUUUUGGGUGGUUCUUCCACUGUCAUUACGAACUCAACUCUUGUUGCUAAUCCUUUGGUGUCGUCGAAAGCGGCCAAGACCGUUGCUUCCAUGCCGCCCCUCGGCCCCGGCACUUUGAUUUUGGCCAACGGUACCAUAAUGCCGGUACUACCACAGCAAACCGUCCUUCCGCUCGCUCCUCAAAUCAUUACCAGACCGCCACCCAUCAUCCUAUUACCGCGAAACCCCGUCACUACUUCCACCCCCACAACUACCGCCAAAACCAUCACCACCACUACAAGUGUCAAGACUCUGACCCGCAUCAAGCCAAAGUAUUGCCUCACACGAACAACUCAGGUCAAUAAAGUCCCGAUUCCCGCACUGACUUCGCGUUAUUCCAAUCCCGAGGUCGUACUUAAGAAAAACGAGCCCAAAGCUAAGGCAAAGCCCGUGGAAAAGAAGGUUACCAAAGAGGGUGAAAAAAAGAGUGAAGGGGAAAAACGAAAAGAGGCGACGCCUGACGAUAAUUGCACCGAAGCCAAGAAGGCGAAACCCAGCGAGGAUAAAGAAAACGAAAAGGAAGUUUCCGAGAAAGUGGCCGAAACUGUGGAGGUUCAAGCCAAGUGCGUGGAAGAAAAGGAGAAAGAAGCGGAAGAGAAACCCGAAAAUGAGCCUAAAACCACCAGCGAACCCGAGCAGAAAAAACCGGACGAGACGCUUGAAUUAAACAUAAAUUCGGAACUAUCGAACGAUAUUUUCGCCUCUUUGCAAGUACCGGCCGGGUGCCAAAACCCCGAAUCAACGUCCCCCACGGCCGCCUUCCUCUUGGCUUUCCCCCUGGUGUCGUCACUCACCGGGGUUAAGGUCACCGAAGUGACCGAAGAAGACAAUACGGAGAGUCAGAGAGGCACCCCCACGUUGCUCCAGAUCGGUACCAUGGACACCACCAAGCCCACACAAUCCGAAAGUUUGACGCCCAGUUUACUGAAUCUCGAUAACUUAUCGUUUUUUUCGUCGAAAGAUAUCGGCGGUUUUUACAGCUCGUUUGAGGCAACUGCCACAACAGUGGCCGUCAGUACCGUCACAACUGUUACCCCGAGCGUUAGCAAAGAAGAGAAGCAAAAGCAAGUGAAGAACCAGCCAGUACCGUAUUAUGACAACCACAAUCUUGCCCCCAUACCGACUUUUUGUAGUACUAAUAGUACGAAUUCAGUCAGUCAAAUGAGCUAUCAAGCGAAACCUGCGGAAGCAAAGUGUUCGAAUUACAACACCCAGAAGAUGUUCUGCAAUAGCUUCGACACCCCCAAAGUUACAACCACUUGCUCGUACGCCAACCAAAUCAAGAGUUACCCAGAACCGCUGUAUACCAACAGUUCCACCUACACUUACAGUAACACCUCUGAUAGCGGUUUCAAUCAGAACUACUACAAGGAACUGCCAAAGACUGACAAUAGGAGUUACUAUUCGUUGAAUUAUGAGAAUUAUACGGAUUACCGCAAAAAUGAUUCUAAUACGUACUUCCCCACCUCGAACUAUUACACCAAUGGGCAGAAAUUCGCCACGAAUAAUAACACCAACAACGCCCAAAAACCCAAAAAUGUGCCCCAGACUAGCAGAGCUCCGAUCAAUUGGAUGACAACACCCGACAAUCGCGACUACGUUUUGCCCCAAUUUACGACCAAAGAGAGCGAUUUUGGCCACAACUCAAUCUACACGAUCCAAUCGUGCAAUACUUUCACCAACCCACAAACCACGUACUUCAACACGAACCCCAUGUACCCAUCAAACACCAACGACGUGGGGAACAACCCACAGGAAACGCGCAAAAGCCUCGAUUUGCCCAUCUACCAGGAGGAGAACCAAUUCUCAUGGUCACCCUCCAAAAUACCGCAAUUCCUGGACCCACCCCAUAGUUUCGUCUCGUCGACUCUCCCAACGCUAGUCGGUGACCUAGCCUUGGGGAACCCCCUAACCUUCGGCGAACAAAAGACCGACAAGUGCCAAAAGAAACGAGUGAAGUACGAGGGCAACCAGAACUUUUUAUCAGUUAGUCAGUUGGUUGACCACAACAAGGAAGCACCAGCAAGGACCACAGCCCGGCGGAACAGCGGCAAUCGGGGCACUUCGGGCAAGAAAGUCCCCCAGAAAACGGCCCAAAGAAAGGAGAAUAAGGUGGAGACGGGCAAAGGGAUGAAACAAUUGGGGUAUUCAAGUGACUUGUUUUGCGAGACGAAAAAUCGCAACGUUGCGAAAAACAGCUACUCGGCCGAGGCGCUAAUCGGGCCCCAGAUGCAAGCCGACGGGGGCCACAAGAACCGCAACUAUGCCGGCAAUAAGGCCAUUUCGGUGUCCUCGUUCCUCCACGAUAACAUAAUCCCGUAUUUCCCGACCGUUGACUUGCCGCAGGACAAUACGUACAUGCAGCAGAACCAGAACUACCAGACGAGUUCGUUCAGUCACAGCUCCUACACCUCCAACUCGUUCAUUCCCUCGACCACGACGUACAACUUCAUGCACGACGUGCACGACUACAGCGAGAACCUGGCGCUGUUCCCGCCCGUGACCAAGGACAAGAGCUGCAAGAUUGUUAACAGGAAUGUGCGGGAGCAGCAGUGUGCCGUGGCGCCGAAAAAGUCGAAACGGAAGCACUCGAACGAGACGAAUCUGCCGGGUUUUGUCGAUUUUCCGUUUCUGUCGAUGCCGGGCUCGAUUAAUUCGCCGAUUUUGCCCGAUGAUUUUCACACGCAUAGUGGGUUUUUGCAGCCGCCGACGCCGCAGCUCUAUCCGUGUAAGAAUCCGUUUACGAAGAGUAAUGAUUUGGGGUCGGGGGCGUUGCUGCCGUUGCCUCCGGUUCCGGUGACGAGGAGCAAUAUCCAGCAUCCGGAAAUUUCGCCUUCUAUUAAUAGUGCAGGGACGUCGCUUACUAACUUUAAUUUGUGUACGAUUUUCCCAGAGAUGAAUAAUAAGAGUUCGUUGCCGGAUCCUUACUCCGUGAAAGACCAGACGAGGAGUUACAGUUCGAGCGUUCAAGUGACCUUUAACGACAAGCCAACGUUUAGCUUUAGUUACAUCAAUUGUACCACGUCUCAAACCUACAACAAUCAGUGAUUUCGUUAGGCGACCGAUUGUACCUGAAUCUUGUAAAUAAAGGAAAAUGUGAUA